UCCUUAGUCACUCCUUCUUCUUGACUCCUUCAAGAUGGCUAGCAGCAGUGGCAACUCCAAGCCCAGAUGGCUGCCUUUAGAAGCAAACCCAGAAGUCAUGAACAAGUAUGUCGAUGGACUUGGUGUAGGAAACUCUUUUCAAUUUUGUGAUGUCUUUGGAUUAGAUCCUGACCUUUUGAUGAUGAUACCUCAGCCUUGUGCCGCCCUCGUUAUGCUGUUCCCAAUCACAGACAAGUAUGAAGCUUUUCGAAAAGAGGAGGAAGAGAAGAUUGAGAAGGAAGGACAGACAGUAUCUCCCAAUGUGUAUUACAUGAAGCAAUAUGUUGGGAAUGCUUGUGGCACGAUCGGUCUCCUUCAUGUGUUGUGUAAUAAUAUUUCUAACUUAACAGUCAGAGAUGGAUAUUUGAAGAAGUUUUACGAGAAGACAAAGAACAUGACACCAGAAGAGAGAGGCCACUUCAUUGAAGAAGAUGAGGAGAUUUCUGAAGUUCAUGAAACUAGUGCACAAGAAGGAGACACAGCUCCACCUUCAAGAGAUGAGCACACACACUUACAUUUUGUCGCGCUAGUCCAGCAAGAUGGGCACAUUUAUGAACUUGAUGGAAGAAAGUCAGCACCAGUUAAUCAUGGCUCCACCACACCAGAGAGCUUCUUAAAUGAUGCUGCCAAUGUCUGUCAGAAAUUCAUGACUCGUGACCCAGACGAGAUUCAUUUCACUAUAGUAGCAUUAGCAGCUGCUCAAUGAUAUUUACGAGGAUAUGAUGACUGAAUAGUCAAAAUAGGAAAUUUUAUUAUAAAGUGUACACACACUAAAUUUGAUAAAAAAAGAAACAAUGCAGUAAAAAUAAAAAAGGAACAUUAUUAUUAUUAUUUGAGUGCAUGUAUUAAAAUAAAUCUGGUGAAUCUUGUAUUGAAUUUUUUUGUGUUUUACUACUUUCAGUAUAAUUUGAAA